UAUAGUAUAACUUCUUUCCUUGCCCAUUUUUGUUGUGUAAUACGUAACUUGAUUGCCAAUUAUUAUUUUUAUGUUGUUGGUUCUAACUUCUAAGUAAGCCCUAAUCUAAUCUCUCUUGUUAUUUUAGUUUCCUUCAUAUUUUCUUGUUUGUUUUGUUGCAAAGCAAACAAAAAUUCUGGUAAUUGAAGUAGGAAAUUUGAUGCAGCAAGGAAUGGAAAGUAAGAAAAAGAUUGAAGUUGAAGAGCUAAAGAAUGUAAACGAAUUUGGUGAUGGGGUUUCAUGGUAUAGAGGAGCAAUGCUGGGGAAAGGAAGUUUUGGGUAUGUUUAUCUUGCUAAUUUGAAGAACCCAAACUCGAAAAAUCGAUACUUGCCAUCAGUUAUGGCUGUGAAAUCGGCUGAAGUAUCUGUUUCAGGUUCAAUUCAGAAGGAAAGGGAAGUUCUAAGCAAUAUCAAGGGUUGUCCUUACGUAAUUCGAUGCUUUGGGGAUGAAACUACGAGUGGUAAUAAUGGUGUGAUGGCGUACAAUUUGUUGCUCGAGUAUGGCUCUGGUGGAACCCUAGCUGAGAGGAUCAACAACAGAGGGUUGGCUGAAUUUGAGGUGAGGUUGUAUACGAGGUCUAUGCUUAGAGGGUUGAAUCAUAUUCAUGCUAUUGGUUAUGUUCAUUGCGAUAUGAAACCUGAGAACGUCUUGCUUGUGCCGAGUUCUAGUAAGGGAAGCGUUGAAUUUAGGGCAAAAAUUGGUGAUUUGGGAUUGGCGAAGAGAGAAAAUCAGAGUAAAAAGAGGAGAUUAGAGCCUUAUUGGAGAGGUACUCCGAUGUACUUGUCGCCAGAAGCUGUAGCUGAUAAUGUACAAGAGUCUCCUGCUGAUAUAUGGGCUCUUGGUUGUAUUGUGCUUGAGAUGUUAACGGGAAAACCUCCGUGGAAUCGAAAGGAUGCUGAGGAUGUACUCAGGAAGAUUGGGGAAGGACAUGAAUUGCCUGAGAUUCCAGGGGAUUUGUCUAAGGAAGCGAAAGAUUUCCUUAAGGGUUGUUUUGUGAGGAAGCCUACAUAUAGAUGGACUGCUGAAAUGCUGUUAAUUCAUCCGUUCGUUGAGGGUUUAAGUGAUGAUGAUGGAGUGGAAGAACGAGAGGAGGUUGAAGAUAUAAAUGAAGUUGAUUCUAUGCAAUUGGUUACUGAGACGGACGAUGAAGUUUCCUAUUCUCAAGAAGAUUGGAGCUGCAUUUCUGAAGAGGAAUCCGUUGGUUACUGGUCGGAAGAUGAUACAGAGAUUACGGAGGAUGAAAUAGCCUCUUCGUUUGCUGAAGAAAGGAUGAGCAUUAGAAGCUCUAGCAUUGAUAGUGGUUUUAAUAGUAUGAUUGAUACAUCAUCGCAAGUAGCUUCACGGAAUCCAUCAAAUAAUUCAUCGAAAUGUCCAUUAAAAUUUACAAUUCCUGCUGGUGUCUUAGCACUAGGAAGCUGGCUGGAUAAUCAGGACUUUGAUCACCAUUGUCUCAAGGCACCGUGUUUCUAGAAGAAAAUCUUGAUAAAUCUAUAUCACUGUCGUCUGUCUGUUUAUCUUGAACUUCAUGAACCACCUAAUAAGUUUAUGAAGAUUUCCAUAACCAGCGUUUGACAACAUUUUUCUGAUUGGAAGCCAAAUGCACACUGCAGUAUGCUUAUCUGAAAUUUCAUGAAUUAUAUUACAAAUUAUGUGUAUCGUGUUCUUUUACUAGCCCCUCUUUCUAGGACUAAGGACACUUAUCCGGUCAUUCUUUUAUCACGAUUUAUGCAUUGCCUAUCCUUUGGAUGUCAGUUAUAAACGCUUAGAUUCACUUUAGGGAAGGAAGAACGGAUAGGUACAGAGAAGUAGGAAACUUAAGUUAGCCAUCCAUGUUCAAUGAUUAAGCAAGCCUAAUUUAGUGACUUGAGAUUUUUCCAUUUAUAUCAUGUCAUCUUUGCAGAUGUUGCAGUAACAGUGAAUCUUUUCAUCUUUCAUGAACAUUGUUACCGAUAAUGUUAUGUGUAGCACAAGUAUACUGUUCUCUGGAUGACACUCACAUGUCAAGCUCGUGAUUUAAUCAUAAUAGUUUUAUCUUGUUGAAAGUGCAGAAGCAUUCUGUAAGGUAUCCCUGAAAAAUUCUAUUAGAAUCAGAGAAAUUCAAAUGAAGUGAGUGAGCAGGAAAACUAUUUAUACCUUGUGCUCCUUUUAGUUGUGAAGUACUACAAGAUCUUGCCAAGAUCGACCCCUGAUAUUUCCUGUCGUUUCAAGUUCUGUUAAACUCACUUCUCCUUGUUUGCCUCUAAAUUUGCAAUUCAGUUAGUUUCCUGGUGUCGCAAGACAAAAUUACUUGUGCAACCCCUAAUGAAGUAGUUAUUUUUAAACUGUAGUUCUUAAUUUGUUACUUAGAUAGUGCUCGUCUCGUUUGGAUGUUGAAAAGCAAGAGGAGUCCCUGUCCCUCCUGUUCUUCUUUAAGAAAAGGGAAUAAAUUGUCAUAAUCUCCUUACUUCAUGCUUCAUAAUCCAUUUUACAGAAACUUAAAUGAUAUCACGACGAGGGAUCAUGGAGGAAAAUCAGCUGAAUCAAAAUUGCUGCUGAGGCGGAAGUGAAUUGCAAGCCUGAUGAAUGACGGCUUCUGAAUGACUGAUUCCAAUGUUGAUUGUGCUGAUGAUGAUGAGACGCCACGUACCAGAAGGUAUUAUGUAUAUUCAUAGUGAGAAGGAACUGCAGGUAUUGCAUCGAUCUACUUCAUAUUCCGGAAUGUAACUACUUCCAGGCAUGCAUUUUCCUUUCUUCCUUCUAUGCCUUUUAGACAGGACUUUCAAGGCUCACAAAGUACUUACCAUCUGUUUUUUUAUACUCUUAAUUACUUCGUGCCAGCUUUUAUUCUUGUUACUUUAUGUACUUGUCUUGGUUCAACAGAGAUUAAUCAUGUGGAAGUUUUACCCUCA